AUGGCCACGAGGAUAUUAUACGACUUCUUCUACAAAGAAAAGCGGACAUCAACCGUUGAUACCCGCUAUAAAGGGCUUCUGACCUCGGCCACGAGGAUAUUUAAUCAGGCUAUGACGAGGCUUUUGAUCGACAAUAGAGCCAAUAUAAUGGAUAAAGCCCCGUUACGAGCCGCUGGUAGAAAUGGUCACCACGCGAUAAUGAAGAUUCUCAUUUAG